GUGUUUUUUUUUCGUUGGUUUUUUCGGUAAAUAAAAUUUCUUUGCAAAGCAAAACAUUAAAAAUUUUGCUCAAUGGAGAGAAGCCUAUCAGCUGGUGGAGCUGACACCACAUCGGGUCACACAAUGGCAGCAACCAAAAACGCUAAAGACGGCGUGACGAUGCGCGAAAAAAAAGGUGGCGCGCUGCAGAAGCUCAAAAAGAGACUAUCGCACAGUUUUGGAAGAUUAACAAUAUCAAGAGAAGAUGGGGAAGAAUCAAAUCAUCAUCAUCAUCAUCACCACCAUCACCAUCAUCGCGGCGGUCAUGGGCAUAAUCACGGUAAUAAAGUUCCAUACAAUGGUUAUAACUCAGAAGAGUAUUUGGACAGGCUGGAGCCAAACGGAAACAUACCAGCUGAUAAAUCAAAUUGCAGAUAUGGAGGUAAAUCAAUGAAAACGUAA